AUGACAUCCCCUUCGAAGUCGCGGGACGAUUUCCAGCCGCCCGUUCCUGAAACACGAAUGGAAGGCCACGAUGUCAACCAACAAAGUGAAUUCACGUACGUCUUUCCAAAACAAACUUAUCCUAUCCCCAUGACAGGUGCUAAGAGACAAAUCAGCGUUCAUUCCACGCUCGCUUUAGUCGGUGCCUGGCUAGCCCUCUUCUGCACCCUGGGAUUCCAGAAUGCAUUCGGUGUCUUUCAAGAAUACUAUGCCCGCGCGGAGCUCAAAGGAUACUCUGAAUUCGAUAUUGCAUGGAUCGGCUCGCUUUUGUCUUUCAUGCUUUUCUUUUGCGCUGCUCCAGCUGGUAUUAUGGUAGAUCGUAUUGGGCCGACGCCCUUGUUAGCUUUUGGCAGUGUAGGAACAGUGCUCGGGAUAUUCAUGACAUCCCUAUGCAAGAAGUACUACCAGUUCCUCCUUGCCCAAGGCCUCACGCUCGGAAUCUCAAAUGCUUUCCUCCUUACUCCAGCAAUGGCCACCGUAUCGCAUCUUUUUGAUAAAAACCGAGGGACAGCAACCGGAAUCAUGAUAGCUGGUUCCUCAAUCGGCGGCAUUAUUUGGCCCAUCAUGUUAGAUCAAUUGCUAAAUGUUCGCGGUCUCAGCUUCGGAUGGUCAUUCCGAAUAGUUGGAUUUGUGGUAGCCCCACUCUGCAUUAUCAUCACCAUUUCGAUUCGAGCACCGAAGAAGCCGCAUCAAGAGAAUCAUGCAGAGAAUUUCAACCAAGAAACGAAGCGCCAGCAAGACGGAGUGAUGUCUCAAGCUCCCAAGAGCAAUGUUUCGAUCUUGAAAAACCCUACCUUCAUUUUGCUCUGUCUUGGAUUAUCCAUGGCUACUUUUGGCCUAUUCAGUCCGUUAUUCUUCAUUCCAACGUAUGCAGUGACAAAUGGCUUGUCCUCUAGCCUGGCAUUCUACCUUGUCUCACUGACCAAUGGUGCAUCCCUGGUGGGAAGAGUUUCUACUGGUUUCCUAGCCGACCGGUAUGGAAACUUCAACCUGUGCUUUAUCACGAUUGCGCUCUCUGGCAUCAUUGCGAUGUGCUGGACAGCGGCUACCAGUAAAGCUGGUAUCAUUGUCUUCGCUUUAGCUUAUGGAUAUACUUCUGGUGCCAUGUUUAGUUUACAAACACCCUGCGCCGUUCAGCUAGCCACUCCCGAAUCACGAGGGACGGCAAUCGGUCUGCUGAUGGUUGCACCUGCGCUUCCGUGA